GGUUGCCAUAGAGCUGAGCGAUUGUCCGCGUGCGCAGGCGGAAGUUCCCGGAUCAAGGAGCCGCCAUCUUUCCCGGGCUCAGCUAGAGAGACAGAGGCGCUGCUGGGAGACGGACACCUACAAUCGGCUUCCAUCCGCCCAGUACAUCACCCCUGACAGCCGCUAGCUACCGCCAUGGAAGAUCGAGAGCACCUAGUGUACCAAGCCAAGCUGGCUGAACAAGCUGAGCGAUAUGACGAAAUGGUUGAAUCUAUGAAGAAAGUUGCCGGGAUGGAUGUGGAAUUGACAGUAGAAGAAAGAAAUUUGCUCUCUGUUGCAUAUAAAAAUGUGAUCGGAGCUCGAAGAGCGUCCUGGAGAAUAAUCAGCAGCAUUGAACAGAAAGAGGAGAACAAAGGAGGAGAAGAUAAACUCAAAAUGAUCAAGGAAUAUCGGACAAUGGUUGAGACUGAACUGAAAUCUAUCUGUAAUGACAUUCUGGAUGUACUGGACAAGCACCUCAUUCCAGCUGCAAAUAGUGGGGAGUCUAAGGUUUUUUACUAUAAAAUGAAAGGAGACUACCACCGAUAUCUGGCAGAGUUUGCCAUUGGCAAUGACCGGAAGGAGGCAGCAGAGAAUAGCUUGGUAGCUUAUAAGGCUGCAAGUGAUAUUGCAAUGACAGAACUUCCUCCAACACAUCCCAUUCGUUUAGGCCUCGCACUCAAUUUCUCUGUGUUCUACUAUGAAAUUCUUAAUUCCCCUGACCGCGCAUGCAGGUUGGCAAAAGCGGCAUUCGAUGAUGCAAUUGCAGAACUGGAUACACUGAGCGAAGAAAGUUACAAGGACUCCACGCUUAUCAUGCAAUUGUUACGUGAUAAUCUGACACUAUGGACUUCAGAUAUGCAAGGUGAUGGUGAAGAUCAGAAUAAAGAAACACUGCAGGAUGUGGAAGAUGAAAAUCAGUGAGACAUUAAAAGCCAAGAAGAGACCCUCUCUAACCAACUGCCCCUUCCCUCCAAAUAUCCCGUCUCACUCUGAGGACCAUCAAAAUUUGACUUUUACACUGGUUCUCAGGAUUUAGGUUCCUGCCCAGUUGGUAUCAUUUUUACACAGUUUAAGAAUUCUAAAAAGGCAAGAGUGAAUGACUGUGGAUUUUGCUGCUGCCAGCCAUCUUAGGUUCUUUUAAGACACUAACAGGACUGCAUAGAGGCUUUUUCAGCAUUAGUUUGUCUCCGUGCCAUCCAGCACUAUAACCUCUUAGAAACACAUAGAACAAGCAAAAGACGUUACUCCGUAGGGCAGACCAGAGUCAAUCGCACUGUAGAAUUUGUGUGGUGGCUUUCUUUUUUUAUUUUCUAAAUGUUUGAAACUGAACUUCAUUCUGUUGUUUAAAAUGUGGUUAGAGCUUGAUGUCGCAGAUUGCUUCAGAAUGUCCUUGUAGUGGUUUUUGCUGUAAAAGUGUUUUCAAAACUGUGCAAAAAUGUCGCUGAAAACUCUGGUGCUGGUAUCACGUCAACAAUCCGUGUUUAUUCAUUCUUGCCUCCUUUUUACUUUCCCUCCUCAGAGCAGGUUAGCAUUGGAGCUGGUGUUGAAUAGCCUGCAUGCGUGUUAAAUUUUUUUGUUUUUCUAUCCCCCCCCCCCCCCCCCCUUCUGCCCUCCUUUUCUCUUGCUCAACCUCUUUUGUUCAGUAUGUGUAACUUGAAGCUAAUUUGUACUACUGGAUAUCUGACUGGAGCCACAGAUACAGAAUCUGUCAUUGUUCUUACUGAAACACAGCAUGGAAUUAACAUUAAACUUAAAUAAACAAAACCUAAAUUAAAAAUGCCAAAUAUUA